AUGUCUACCCAUGACGGACUUGGUUUGAUUAAGAUCUUAGAUGUUCGAAUAACUUAUAACGAAAUCCAUCGUACGAUCAGAUCAACUGCUACUAAAAUCCGUGAUGAAUUCGGUCCCGAUAUUAUGAUUGCUAUUGGAGGAGGAGGAUUUUUUCCAGCCCGAGUUCUUCGUACAUUUCUUAAAACUCCAUGUCGAAAGAAUAUUCCAAUCCAGGCUAUUGGAUUAUCUUUGUAUGAGGAACUUGGUACAGCUCUUACAAAUGGUUUACCAUCUACUGAGCAAAAGGUUGGAAAAGAAGUGGUAAGAACACAAUGGUUAGAUUUCUCGACCCUUGGACAUACCCCCUUACUCGGUCGACGGAUCUUGAUAGUUGAUGAAGUUGAUGAUACCCGAACGACUUUAUCAUAUGCAGUGGCUGAAUUAGAGAAAGAUGUGAAAGCUCAACUUGAGAAAUUGAGUGAGGAUGAAAGAAAGAAGUUGGAUCCAACUGAAUUUGCUAUCUUUGUUGUGCAUAAUAAAGAUAAACCCAAGUCUGCUCAGAUUCCAGAUCAUGUCAAGUAUUUCGCUGGCAAGACGAUUGGCGAUCAAUGGGUUGAUUAUCCAUGGGAAGCAACAGAUAUAGAUGAACACGAACGUUUAGCAAACUCGUCUUCUGAACAAUUAACCGAAGUUUUAGUUUAA